GUAUGAGAUUUCUACUUGUUCCAAAACGAGAAUCAGCUACAAUAAAAGGGACCUUUGCUGGAAUAAUUUUGUUGGACGCUGUUGGUUUCGUUCCCAACAAACCCUUCCCUUUGUCGUUGACUUCCGAAGGCAAGAUUGAAGUAAGCCGAGCCAGAGAAAAAGCUUUAUGCACAGUG